CUCUUCUUUGGGCAUAUAAGGAAACCCUGGAUUGCUAUCCACCUUUUUUUUUCUUCCUUCUUUCUCUUGCUCUUCUUGAGACAAUCAGUUCUUUUAUUUACUAUCCAUCUUCUCUUGUUCUUCUUCCUUCUUUGACUCUUUUGUCGUGCACCAUUAAGACACCGAAUUUCUAUUUUAUUGGUUCUAAUUAUUGUGCUACUGUUGGUUUAUUUGCAUAAUGGAUACCCAAACCAUGAAUUACGGACAACCGAACACGCCGGCGAUCCCGGAAAAAUUACCCAGUAUUUCCAUGUUGGAUGAGCAAUCCACCUCACAAUCCUCGUUUACUCAUUCACCCAAAGGAGUAAACCAAGAAGACGAUAUGCAACAUCGAGCUUAUCCUUCGCAACAACAACAACAACAACAUCACCAGCAGCAGCAGCAACAACCGCCGCAGCAAACGCAGACGAAUUCGUUCCUGCCGCUUCCACCUCCUUCUUAUGUGUUUAAUCCGACGACACAACAACCGAUGCAGACCGGCCUGUAUAAGCAGAGCAUUUCUCCCCCUUUGACGCCCGCCGUAUCGCCAUCCUCUGUUUUAUUGGAUUCCAUGCAAUUCAAGCGCAAGUUCUCGGUCGAUGUGGGUCCUUUCAGUUUUGGCAGCGGCAUACCGCAUCCUCCAGCCAUGCAUGAUCAAGAUGCAUAUCGACGAAGUUCCUGUUCUGCGGCCAUGUCCGUAGAUGACUGUUUGCAUGAAUCGUCCAGCUACUCCACAGCCACCGCUGCCAUGACGACACGUUGUCAGGAUUAUUCAUUUUUGACCGCUGAAGACCCUACCAUGGCAACCUUUACCACGCCUCAGCCAUUCAAAUCACCCAUGCCUAAGCGCACUUCGCGUCAGUUCAACGGAUCGUCGUCUCAAGCCCCCAAUGCUCAGCACAAGCAUGUGUGCAAGUACGCUCACUGUGGAUGGAGCUUUAAGCGUUACGAACAUUUGAAGCGUCAUAUGCUUGUCCAUACGGGUGAACGUCCUCACGUCUGCCAUUUCCCGGGAUGUGGCAAGAGCUUUAGUCGAUCCGACAAUUUCCACGCUCAUUAUCGUACGCAUACCAAGAAGACGAUUAUGCAGCAGAACCGACGCAUGUCCCAGCAAAAUGCGCACCUUCAAACCACGUCUUCUCCAACCACGUCUUCGAGCCAAGCUGCUGCUGCUGUGGCCGCUGCUGCUGCUGCCGCCGCGGCUGUUGCCAGAACUUCUCAAGGAUUUGACGACCGAAUGCCCACUUACUUUGCUCACACCAAGGAUGAGUCGUUCGAUAUGCCUUAUCCAGAUAUGUACGAUCAUCGUCAAGCCUAUAUGACGGAGGGCCAAGAAGAUUAUGCUUGUCACCAUCCACAUGAUCCUUACAUGCGCUCAUUUCAUCCCUCUGGACAAUUCACAAUGCAAGCUUCACCUUUGAGUCCAUCGUCGCCUUCUGGCCAUUCCUUGUUGAACCAUGAAUCCGCUUCGCAGUCCCCCAACCCAUUCUUUUCCUCGACCCCCAUGGACCAUACCCGUUCUACUCACUCUCCUUUCUAUUCCAUGAAUUCCAUGCCUGUUCUUCCUCCACAUCCAAAUACGCAACCUUCUUCUCAUCGUCAACCAACGCAAGGAUCGCCUACCACGACAUCCUCAGCCAUGGUAUCAGCUUCUAUGCCUGGUCCUUAUGUUACGGACCAAUUCGCUGUUCCUUCCAAUCCACGUCGUUCGUCCUCUGCCUCGUCGACUUCCUCCUCCAAUAGUCAGCAGAAAUCACACGUAUGUCCUGUACCUGCAUGCCAACGCCGUUUCAAGCGUCUCGAACAUCUCAAGCGUCACAUGCGUAUUCAUACCCUCGAGCGUCCUUUUGCAUGCUCUUUCCCCAACUGUCACAAGACAUUUUCUCGUUCAGAUAACCUUUCUCAACAUAUGAAGACGCAUCAACGCGUUGAGGACCGACGAAGAAGACAGCAACAGCAGAAUGAAUAUUCUCCUAAUCAGAACGGUAAUUCUAUGAACGCCGCCGCUGCUGCCGCUGCUGCUGCCGCUGCUAGUAUGGGCAUGAAUUGGCACACAGCCAAUGCUGGUACCGUCGGCUGCUAGACGAAAGGUUUCAUUAUUUAUGUUCACCCAUCAUCUAUCUUGCAUGUUCAUAUUUUGCUUUGUUUUUAUUCUUUGGCUUGGUGGAACUUUUUUUUUCUUCUUUUUCUUUGACUCCUUUUUUUUCAACCCCUCCAUUAUUUUUUCUCUUAAACUUUUGAACCGUUUUUUUUUUAUUCUUAUUUUGUUCUUUGUAUAGACCAUAUGCUUCUUUCAAAGCGACAUGACUUGCUUUAACGAUAACUUUAUAUUCCAUCCUACAUCAUUGGCAGGUUAUGUUAGCUUUUUAUCAUUGCUUUUCAUUUUUUUUGCUGCUUUUUUUUUUCCUUUUUUUUGUUUUUUAAGCAUCCUCUUUUUUAUGAUCCACAUAGCUAAAGUUUUGGAGCUUCUUAAUAUGGCCACACUACGGCGAAUAAAAAAUACCCAACCUUUCACAUA